UAUUUACAAACUGGGAGGACCUGAGAUUCCACCGACAGGAAGAAGAGAGGGACCAUGGUCACUACAGCUUUGCAUACCAAGCUCCUGUAAAGCUCGUCUCUGUUCAUCUUCUGACUUGGGAAGAGUCUGGACACUGGCAUUUCAGAUGAAAAGGCCCAAGAAGGACAGGGUUUCCUGGUUUCAUUGUAAUUCCUUAGCUAGCCUGCGGUUAACGAGUGCAGUCUCAACUCUAAACAAGAUCCAGUAGCUAGGUAGCUAGCGGCUAACGACUCGUUCCGUUGACAGGAGAUUGGAAACUAGUUUGAAUUCGGAUUCCGUAUUACUGCUAACCAAGCUCGACAAUUCGUAAUUAUUAUUUUCAGAAUUGAGCAAGAAUCCGUUUCACGGUGGCCGUAACCGAGAAGCAUAGUUCCGUUUUUCUCGAAUAGUUAUGAAUAGUUUUAAUAUUCCAAACAAGACGUCCUCCUCGUUAAGCUCUGCCUUGAGCGCCGAUAAUAGAGUUAGAUUAGCCGAUGUCAACUGCAACCAUAACGACGAAUGGGAUGAUGAUGUGUAUAUGUGUUUUUAUGACAAGACAAUGGGUGAAGCGACACAAUCUUCAAUGCCCUCUGUCCAAUCUGGGCUGGAUGGACACCUGCCCCGUCUACACGGUCGGCCUCUCUCCACUCCGGGUGGUUUGUUAGGCCUCAGUAGUGCUUUCCCUGCAGAAUUCCCUAGUCGGGGUUCAGCUUCGUCUUAUUUUCAUACGAAUUCGUUGGAUUACAAUGACACUGACGUCGCAAACGAGGGUCCAAUGUAUGGGAGUCGAAAAAGGACCCGGUCCAACAGUUCAAGACAGCGCUAUAAUGAGGUAGUGGAUGAACUUGGACCCGAGGAAGUGAGGUGGUUUUAUAAAGAAGACAAGAAAACGUGGAAACCUUUCGUCGGACACGACUCGCUCAAAAUAGAACUUUCGUUUCGUAAAUCCUGCGAGCUGAACACUGUUAACUCAAAACACAACGGAAACGAGAACUGUCCGUCGAGUGGAGGUGAGGGAGAGCAGCCGAAUGGUUUGGAAGGAAUGGGCCAGAGUGGGCCGGUUUAUGUUGAUAAUAGACCCAGCAGUGUGCAGGUGGACCGGGGAUUGCUCGAUUCACCUGCCGGGUCCUCAGAAGCGAGGGACCCUGAUGACAUCAAGUGUCAAGUGGAACAUGUGUGUGUUCGGGGAGGGCUGUACGAGGUGGACGCCAAAGAACGAGAAUGUUAUCCUGUUUACUGGAAUCAGCAGGACCGCAUCCCUGUGAUGCGGGCCCAGUGGUUCAUCGACGGUACCUGGCUCCCGUUGGAGGAGGAGGAGAGUGACCUUAUCGAGCAGGAGCACCUGACUCGUUUCCGAGGUCAACAAAUGCAGGACAACUUUGAGUCAGACGUAGUGGCAAGGACCGUCGACAGCAAAGAUGCCGUCCACAGUUUGAAGCUGAGUCGCACCCACGUGGACUGGCACAGCGUGGAUGAGGUCUACCUCUACAGUGAUGCCACCACCUCCAAAAUCGCACGCUCUGUUACACAGAAGCUGGGCUUCUCCAAAGCCUCUAGCAGUGGGACGCGGCUGCAUCGCGGCUACGUGGAGGAGGCCUCCCUUGAAGACCGGCCGCCCCAGACCACUCACGUGGUCUUUGUUGUCCACGGCAUCGGGCAGAAGAUGGACCAGGGCCGCAUCAUCAAGAACACUGGAAUGCUGAGAGAGGCGGUAAGGAAGAUGGAGGAGAAACAUUUCUCAGAGAACCACGGAGAGCAUGUGGAGUUCCUUCCUGUGGAGUGGCGCUCUAAACUGGCACUGGAUGGCGAUACCGUGGACUCGAUCACACCAGAUAAAGUGAGAGGGCUCAGAGACCUCCUCAACAGCAGCGCUAUGGACAUCAUGUACUACACCAGCCCACUGUACCGAGAUGAGAUCACCAAGGGCCUCACCCACGAGCUGAACAGACUCUACUCGCUCUUCUGCUCGCGGAACCCCGAGUUUGUGGAGAAGGGCGGCAAGGUGUCCAUGGUGUCCCACUCGCUGGGCUGCGUCAUCGCCUUCGACAUCAUGACGGGCUGGGACCCCGUGCGCUUCUGCCUGCAGGAGCACCAGGCCAUGGAGGAGGAGCUGGCCCUGCGCUGGCUCUCCUACGAGGAGAAGGACCUGAUGGAGCAGCUGCAGAGCACCAGGACCAGGUUACGAGAACUGGAAGGUCGGCUUGGAGGCCUGGAAGCCUCAAAACCAUCAGCAGCUCCAGCGCUCAAAUUUAAGGUGGAGAACUUCUUCUGCAUGGGCUCUCCGCUGGCCGUGUUCCUGGCCCUCAGGGGCAUCCGGCCCGGCUCCAGCGUCCAGCAGGACCACAUCCUGCCCACCUCCAUCUGCCGCCGGCUCUUCAACGUCUUCCACCCCACCGACCCCGUGGCCUACAGACUGGAGCCUCUGAUCCUCAAACAUUACAGCAACAUUGCACCCGUUCAAAUUCAUUGGUGCAGCGCCAAUCCCACGCCCUAUGACGAGAUCCGGCCGACGUUCCUCACACCGGUGAAAGACCCCACGUCGGACAGUGAGAGCCUUCCAAGCCCCAGCACCUCCCCCGUCCUCAUCCGCAGGCACUACGGGGAGUCCAUCACCAACCUGGGCAAGGCGGGCAUCCUGGGUGCGGCCAGCAUAGGCAAGGGCAUCGGGGGCAUCCUCUUCUCUCGGUUCUCUCGCUCCAGCAGCCAGCCCUCUGUAUCUUUGGGAUUGGAGGAAGGGGCAGCCACCGCAGAGGGAGAGGAGCCAAAGAAAGCCGACAGCCAAUCGGCGUACAGCCUCUCCACGAUGGCCCAGUCUGGCCCUGCCGUCGCCGACACAUCACUGGAGCUGGAACGCCGUAUUGACUUUGAGCUACCUGAGGGCCUGGUGGAGAGUCGCUAUUGGUCAGCGGUGACCUCACACACGGGCUACUGGAUCUCCCACGAUGUGGCUCUCUUCCUGUUGACCUUCAUAUACAAGCAGAAAGAUACGCCAGCUGCAGCCGCCGCCAAAGACGACUUGGAGCAAGACUAACACACACACACACACGCGUGCAUGCACACAGACAGACCUACACACACAAACCCACAGGAUUUCUCCGACCCGUUUGUCUCUUUUCCUUCCUGUUCCUUGUCUUAACAUAUGUGUUCCUUAACCGGAGCUGGCUCAGAACGUCACUCAAACACACACACCAACCGUUGUUUGCUCUAUGUUUAAUAGCUACAGCAUCGCUCUCACCCCAAGGGUGACACCAUUGAACUGAGAACCCCUAAGGAGGUGAAUCUUGUGCCACUAUGACCAGUAGCCCCCCUGUGUCCUGUAUAGAGAACAUGGCAUAUACAUAAUAGGAGCUUGGUAAGGUUGGUCCCACCACCUUAAAGUUUCUGUGUCCGUCUGUCUGUCUGUUUCUGUCUCACUUUCUCUCCCUCGCUCAUCUCCUUGAAGAAAAAGACUGGUCGUGUUUUUACUUUCCAUAAAGCGCACAAUGGCAGCAUUUCUUAUUGUCAACAUUGAUAUUGUUUGACCGCAUUUCAUAGAACAAUUCUACUGUUUGUGUAAAGAAGUAAUAUAUUUCACUGUUACAGGAAGUCUGCCAUAAAUAUCACAUUUUAUACAUCUUAUUUCUGAAGCAACAACGUUGGCCUUGCUCUUAGGUUUUGAAGCAUUGAAUGCAGAAUAGCAAACCCAAAAGUACAACGCAUAAUAUUUUUUAAGCACCAUUGACUUGACGGACCAUUGACUUGACUUGCAAUGUUUCAUUCUGUAUUUCAAUUGUUUCUUUGUUGUCGAUGUCGACAAGAGAAAGUAGUACAUCUUGAAGUACAACCUUAACAUUAAUCUCCUUUUGAAAUGGAGAUCGUUAUGACAAAUGAAUGAGUCCCUUUUA